AUGGACGUAUCUGGAGUUGCUCUUGUCACAGGCGCCGCCUCGGGCAUUGGCCGUGCCUGUGCGAAGACAUUUGCCAGAGAUGGCGCCUCAGGAAUCGCCCUGCUCGACAUCAGUCCCGACGCCCUGGCAGCCGUCAAAGCCGAGAUCGAAGAGCAACAACGCAGAGAGGGAUCAAAGUCGUGCCGAGUCGUAACCUAUCCCACCAAUGUAACAGACGAGAACCGCGUCAAUCAAGUCGUCCAACAAGUCGCGACGACAUUUGGCCGACUCGACUAUGUCGUCAACGCAGCCGGCAUCGCAAUGAAGCACGCAGGCGGAGCUGCAUUCUGCGAAACGUCGGAUUGGGACCGCAUCUUGAACGUCAAUCUCACAGGCACAUUCUUCGUUCUGCGCGCCGCUGCCAAGAUCAUGUUGAAGCAGGAGCCUAUCCGGUCCUCGAUCGAUGGCAGGCCACUACAGCGUGGCUCAAUUGUCAAUUUCUCGUCUAUUCAGGGGGUCGCUGGAAUUGCGCUGUCAACUGCGUAUACUGCGACAAAACAUGCGGUUAUUGGUUUGACGAGGACUGCCUCUGAGGAUUAUGCGAAGGAUGGACUGCGCAUCAAUGCCAUCUGUCCUGGGUAUACCGAGACCCCAUUGACGACCAAGUCGCCACAGAUCCUCGCGGCUAUGCAGGAGAAGGUUGCUAAUGCGGUCCCAAUGGAGCGUAUGGGUCGACCGGAGGAGAUCGCGGAUGGAGUUGUUUAUUUGAGUGGUGGACGGGCUUCUUUUGUUACUGGAACGGCUUUAUUUGUGGAUGGCGGGUAUACCCAGCGAUGA